UGACCCACACACAUUAUGGGUUGGUAACAAACAUAAGGACAACUUCGGGCUUAAUUUACACUUUUUACCAGCCUAGCCUUGAUUUUUCCUUUUCUAGAGGUGUACUCACUUGGAAGCGUAUACAACAAUUUCUCAGAUGUUAGGAGGGACUAACCGUCUGAGGCUGUGUGCAUAGGGGUUUUUCCUAAGGCACUUACAGCAACAGGUGCCAUAUUUUUUGCUUCCCUGUGGGAGGUCCUGACACAAACAAGUUUUAUCGGGACUCUUACAGGAAAGGCACAGAGAGACAGCGUGGUGCUUUCCAUCAGAAAACUAUUCCAGACAAGGAAAUUGGCUGUUAAUGUUUGAGAGACAUGGAAGCGCGGUCCUCCACCAUCACGACAACCAUAGUCGAGAGCAAGAAUGAUGUGAGUGCACAGCCCUUACGUUUGUCCAAACGCACAAUGACCGAUGACCUGUACAGCACAUUCAGCUCCCCAGUUGCCUGGGUUCUGGUGCUGGCUCUCAUCAUAACCUGGUCGGCCGUGGCCGUAAUUAUGUUUGACCUGUUGGACAACAAAGGCCUUGAAGUCCAUACAUUACACUGUGACGACCCCUGUUUACCACCUGGACCUCAGUCGCACCGUGUCAGGAAAACAUUAAAGGAGGCAGGCAGCCUUAGAGGGGGUAUACAGCACAUCAGCCCUGAUCCAAUGAAGGUGGUGAACGAGGCCAUGGAUGACUCCUCCGAUUGGAUAACGUCAAUCUUGUCUUUUAUGACUAAUUUGGUAGCACCGGAAGAGGAGGAGGAUGAAGGUGAGCAUCAUUCAGUGAGGAGAAAAGGAGAAUUCUUACCAUCGAGGAAAAAAGUUGCAGAGAUACGAGCCAAGGAGAUAAUAGAAGAGGAAGGGGAGGAGGAGGAGGAGGAGGAAGAAGAGACGGUUGCUGAUGAAGAGGUGGAGAUUGAUGAGGAAGAAGAGGAAGAGAUUGAAGAGGAUGAGGAGGAAGAAGAGGAUGAUGAAGAUGAUGAGGAGGGGGAUGAAGAAGAAGGGGAGGAGGAGGUUGAGGAAAUGGAGGAGGACAUGGAGGAAAGAGGAGGGGUGGAAGCAGAUGAGAAGGAUGAGGAGGGAAAAGAAUCUGCUGAGGUUGCUGAUGAAGAGGAGGAGGAAGAAGAGGAAGCUGAAGAAGAAGCUGUGGACGUAAAGGCUGUGGAAGACAAAAAUGAAGAGGAGGAGGAGGAAGGAGAGGAGGAGGGAAAAGAAGAGGAAAAGGAAGAGGAGGAAGGAAAGGAGGAAGAAGAAGAGGAUGAAGAGGACAAGACAAUGAAGGAAAGAAAGGAACAGGUGGAGGAAAUCACAGAUUCAGAGGAAACCCAGAAGAAAAAGGAGAAGAUAGAUGCUGAAAAAGCUGCAGAGAAAGCUAAGGAAGAGGAGAAAGAGAAAGCUGAUGAAGAAGCUGUUGUACGAAAAGAGAAAGAAGAUAAGGUAGCUCCUGCUCCUGCUUUUGAAAAAGAAGAUGCCUCCAUACCUUCUGAACCUGACGAGAAGGAAGAAGCCACCGAACAAGUUGCUUCUAAGGAAGUUGUGGCAGCUGAAGUUGAUGAGAAAGACAAACCCGAUGCAGAAGAGGAGGUUUCUACAACCACUGCUGUUGAUAAAACACUAGAUACUGAUGAUGAUCAAGAUAAUGAACCAAGCAAAGCAGAAGAGGAAGAUGAAGAUGACAUCAAAGAUGAUCUCAUAUCUGACACUGACGUCACCCCAUUGUUGACCAAAGACGACGACGACGAUGAUGAAACACCUGAUGAAGUUGUCAAAGAAGCAGAGGAUGUUCUCGAGAGUGGGGUGGAGAUAGCGGCAGGUCACAAAGAACCACCCUUGGCACCUGAAGAAGAAGACAAAGAUGAGGAAGAAGAAGAUAUAAUCACUCUUGCUCAGGCUUCCAUUAUAGAUGAUGUAGACACUACAGAUAGUGACCAAAAAGAUGACCAAAGUGAGGACAAAGAGUUGGAUGGCGAUGAUGAUAAUGAUAUCGAUGUUGUGCUUGGUAUUGUAGCCAGUGCUGGUGCUAUAGUCACUGAUGUUGAGGCACAAGAAACUGACACAGAAACACAGCAGGAAGAGGAAACAGAUGAAAAUGAAGAGGUUGCCAAGGAAGAAGAAAUAGUUGAAAAAGAACCACAACCAAAAACAGUCCCUAAAGCAGCAGUUGAGAAAGUGAAGGAAAAGCAGAAGGUCGAGAUACCUGUGAAAACGGUAGAUGUUGAGAAAGAAGACAAACAAAAAGAGCCCUCUACCUGUCCUUGUAUGCAUUCGCAAAUACCCAAAGAGCCUCAAAAAGCCCAAGACACUAAACCUAAGGAAGACAAAGCUGAACCUGGUAAAGUGAAGAAAAGAGAUGCUGAGAUCAAGAGAAGGGAGCCCCUGCUUAAACAGAGAAAAGACAUUUUUCCAACAGAAAAAGAGGCUCCAAUAAGAACAAGACAAGAAAAAGCAAAGAAAGCAAAAAGAGCAAAGGCAUUGACUGUCGACAUCCCCAAAAAGAGAAGAUCUGCAGCCGCUGAGGAAGUUCAAGAAUUGGCUGCACCAGCCCCUAUGCUAGAUCUUCCAAUGUGCCGUCCAACACCUGUGUAUUGUCCAGCGCCACCUGGCUGGUAUGUGCAUCAUAUAGUUACAAGCAGUCCAUUACCGCCAUCAGCUAUUCCAGAAUCAGAGGUUCCUUAUUUAACAACUUUUCAAGCUCCUACUAUACUGAAAGAACCUGAAGCUGCUAAAGCAAAGCCAAAAGAAACCACAAAAAGGAAAGAACCAACUGCACCAAAAGAAAAAGCCAAAUCAGCAAGUGUGAAGAAGGAACCUGCUGUAACUAAAGACAAAGUAAAACCUUUGGCUGCAAAGAAAGAAAGAGUGAUCACCAAAGGGAUGGCAAAACCUACCUCUGCUAAGAAAGAAACGAAGUCACCAACUGCAAGGAAAGAAACAAAGUCACCAACUGCAAAGAAAGAGUCUGCAGCAGCAAAGAAGGGAGAAGUAGCAACAACAAAACGCAAAGAGGAGACAUUUGUAAAGGCAGUGAAGCCCAUUGCAGAAGUCAAGAAGAAGGCUGCAUUGACACCAAAAACCAAACAAGCAAUUAAAGUUACUGAUACCAAAACUAAAACGGAAUCUGUUGAAGAAACACCUGUUCCAGCUGAUGAGAAAACGGCUGAAGAAGAGAAACCAGCUGAGGCACCAGCAAAAGACCUGGAAGCUGAGGAAAAUGUCACAGAGGGCAAAAAAAACAGGCAAGAUACCAUACUUCCAGUGUGUUUUAAUGAGUUCAAAAUCCAGCCAGUAUCCACUACGGCCCAUGUCUUCUGCUAUGAGCCCUGCCAUUAACCCUAACCUGAUGAGAGCCAUGAUGGAGCAGAGGGCUGCUUUACUUCAGCAGAAAGCCCGUGCAGCAGGCCAGUAACCGGUUGACACACCCCAUCCAACCUGGCCAGGUGCAUACAGUGCUGCUGGGCUCGCAAGAGCUAUCCUCCUAAAUAGUCACUGAUUUUAGACUUUUAAAAAUACCAAAGGAGCCAUCCAAUCCUUUCACUAAACUCUUUAUUCCUUUAUAAAUAGCUUUUGAAUAUAAUCACACUUUUUUUUGCAAAAGUGUGUUAAAUGAUAUGCUGUUACAUCAAAUUAUAUUACAGUGCUUGUAAGGCAGUAUUGUAUUGAUUUUGCUCAGACAUUCUGUAUUAGGUUUGUUCUAAACUCCUAGACCUAAUUAUUAAAUGUCUGCAAUGAAUUCAGCCCGAACCACUCCAUUCAAACUUUUUGUAGAUCAUUUCAGAUUUUCAGAAAUGUAAGAUUGAUGUUUUAAGAGCUCUCAUUUACUUCUGGAAAACUGACAGUGAUGACAUUAUUGUAGUAAUUGCAUAUGAAUUGAUAUUGGUCUUCUUAGGACAAUAUGCAUAUUUUUUUGUGAUUGGACUUCCUUUCUUGCAUCCAUUUAAAAAUCUAUGACCGCAUUUACACACUGCAAAGAUGGUGUAGUGUUCUGUUUGUUUCACGCACAGCCAACACGAUGCUUGCUGAGUGUCAUGAUAACAGCAAAGGGGUUCUAAUGCAGAAUUUAAUUGACCACAAAUCAAAACCUGAAACCUGAGUUUACCUCAAAUUUAAAUAAAAAAGUUUUCUGCCUUGCAAGCAUUAGUAUUUCCAUCUGGAAAAUCGAAUUAAAUUCUAAUGUAAAUUUUGAAAUAUAUACAGUAUAAUAUGUUAACACCUGUCAAAAAAUGUUGUGUUACUGGGUAGAUUCACAUUUAUUUAGUUUAUUUAUUCAAGAUCUUAAAUAAUCUGUUUACAUUUGUUGUAAGGAAGAUGCUGCUGUUUUUUCUUAUUGUACAUAAGACUACUCAGCCAUGAAAAAAGUUUAAAACUUGGUAAAUAAUUAAGUAUUGCUCUAAAUAUUCAGAUAUUUAUUUUUCUAUGUCAGUCAGAGAAUACAAUCUCAUUAGGAAGAGAAAUCUGGCAACAUGCAUUCACUAAGGUCCUUAGCCUAUCACUUGGCACAGGCCAUUUCCUUUCACUCAUUGGUAAUAAGAUUAUGUUUAGCGUGUCUGGGUUAUAUCAGGGUCUGGGAUCUCUCCAUUUGUAUGCAUGGGCAUAGAAGACAGGAGGACGGCAUUUGAAACCAAAUCCGAUUUCAACCUUAAACAAUGAAAGAGCUUACAUUGAAGACACAUUAUGAGAUUUAGAGGCAUAUAAAGUCUGCAGCCUCCGAAUAAUGUAAAUCUUUCAAUUUUACUUGACUGAUAACUCUUACUAAUUGAGUAUAUCUCUAGUAAAUUGAAAACACUUUCUCAUGCAAAAUACUGUUAUUAGGUUUAUAAAAUGGGGAGGUUUCUGUAUUUAAUCAUGUAUGAAUUUGUGUGUUCUCUACAUGUAAAGCCAAUGCAUUCAUAAUACUUGUGCACAGUUAAAAUGUACUGUAAAUACAUUAUCUUACAGCAGUGGUUCUUAACAGGUUUUGCUUUAGGGUCCAUAUUUUACAUUGGACAUCAAGUUAUGAACUAAAAAGUACCAAAAUCAUUAAUUGUACUAAAGUAAACAAAUGUGUCAUAACCAUGACCUACACAUGUCCAACAAUUCUAAAGUCUAAAAUUGACUACAUAAUAAGAUUGGUUUUUAAAUGGCUCUUGAAUUUGAUUGGUUUCGUGAUCUCGGCAGCCAAUAAUUAAUUGCACAAAAUGCAUUAUGGCCAGAACAAACCAUGUUUAUAUUCACUGCAUGUGAACCCAUAUUUAAUGUAGUCAGACCGCAUUUUGUUUUACUUUGCAAAGGUUUUUUUCAUGAUUUUUGAGGAUGAGAGCAUGUCAUGCAAAAUGUCCCUGUUACUAUACUUACCGUGCGUUUACACCAGAGGCGGCGAGAGCGUCAAAUCGACCGGAAGUCAUUCAUUUUCAAUGACAGCCAGCGUCUCUCGGCGGCGAGUCUUGGGCGGUGUGGGUGAAAGUUCAAGUGCAGUCAACAUUGUGGUAAUGAGCUGUGACGCGGUUCGGCGGAAUAUAGAAGUGCUCCACUCUAGCGAAGUCGAGAACACAACAGUGUAAACUUUGGUUCCCACCAAACAUUAGUUCCGAAGAUAAAAUGGAGGAGAAACAAAUUAUUGCCGUGGCGGGUUUCCCAGUAAUAUAUGAUCUGUCCCUGUUUGCUUACAGGGAUAUAAAACAAUCAAGACCACAGUUAUUAUUACAAAUGUAUUUUAUUUUGAUAACAAACAACUAUAAUUUUAAUUACUUUCUGCCAUCGAGCGAUUUCUUAUUUUCACAUUUUAAAGAGUUCAUGAGGAUAUACGCUACUUGUGAUAGGUCGGCAAAAAGUAAAUGGUCGACAUGUCUGGAUGUUUAAAUUGCGGCCCCUGUAAAUAUAGUUCACAAAACAAAGCAUUCUGAAGAAACGUUGUCACCUAUUUCAACUACCUCAGAGCGUCCAUGAGCGUCCUCGAGCAUUGAAGGCAGGGCAGCCAGAGCGAAUUUUGAUGCUCUCGCCGCUUCUGGUGUGAACGUACGGUUAGAUUUUGCUAAAUUAUUUUUGCUGUCCCCCAUGGUAUUUAUUGCGGCAGUUUCCUGGGAAAUUAACACUAGAGGCACUAAAACAUCAAUGUGAUUAUUUUAUUGUAAAACGGCAGAUUAUCAGUUCAUAAACUCUUUACGACCUUUUCCUCACACAAUCUUAUGACAUCUAAACACUUUUACUAGUGCAUUACUUGGUAGGCGAUAGAUUAAAUUAUAAUUUUUUAUUACAUAACCAACAACAUGUACAAGCUUGUUUGAGUGGAUAAAAUUGUGCGGUAGCUCAACUUAUAGAACCCGCGACUUCAGAGUCCUGAAGAUCAUGUGACUUGACACGUGAUCUGAAAGUGUCAUCACCACAAAAUGACGAGGUUGCUUUAGAAAUUGCAUUUUUCAUCUCACAUUUGCUUCAGUGACACAAUCGGUUGGGUUUAGAUUGAAAGUUUAGGGUCGGAAAGCAGGUUUUGUUGAUUUCAACUCGAGCAUUAACCUUUAAAAACUCAUUCAUUUGGGAGAACAUUUAAAAUGCUAUUAAGACCACUAAGUGGAUAUUUCACUUCGGAACUGUCAUGAUAUACCACAUAAAAGCCACAUAACAUCAUUUAGCAAAAAUGUCCCCACCAUUACAGAAUUCUCAAUAAAUCAAAUUGUUACAUUUUUGCUCUACCAGGCAAAUUUCAGUCAAAAUAUUUUUAUAUUUAAUUGGACACAUGGUCUUUGACAUCAACAGCAAAACUAGUAGGAAACGUUUUUUCCUCCCUUUUAAAAGUUGCUUAGCCUGUUUAUUUUGCUAUCUUAACUAUAUAAGAUUAUAUGGUCAGUUGGAUUUUAGUAUUGCUUUUUCCCUGUUGUCCGAACAGAGCUAUGACACGAGAGACCACCAGUUGAGAACCACUGCUUUACUGUAUUUGUCAACAGUGCAAUAGUUUUCCCUAUUCUUCUAGAAAGUCCUCUAACAGCGUGUGGAUUUACACUGUAAAAUAUGAUAGUAAAAUAAGAGAGAUGUAUAAUAUUUGACAUUUCUAUGACCAACAGUGAUUUUUAAGAUGUUAUCUAUGUCAAAGGCAAGGGAGACAGCAGAAUUAUCUUUUUCCUGUAACAUUUUGCUCUGUAUAGUGCAAAUAUUGCAGUUAUGACCAUUUCAACCAGAAACACUUUGUCUUAUUAAAGAACACUUACUUUGGGCAAAAUAUAUUAUCUCUAACUUAAGGAUUGAUAGACCUUAAAUUUGUCCUUGAAUGUAUUUCCAUAAUCUAUCAUAGUGGAAAAAAAUCUAAAUAACAUGAACAAGAUUGAACGGUUGGCAGCAUUUUGAGUGCUGAUUGUGCAUACAGGCUACAUAUGGUCAAAAAAGGACAGGAUAAUGUUGUACGUCCAGUGUUUGCAUCAGAAGUCUGUUUCUCUGUAAAGAGGACACCAUGAGACAGUUUGCUGUAACUGUCUGACUUUGAAAACAGAAGUAGGCCACAUAAAUGAUCUCACUUUGAAGUUACAGCAUGACGUUUCCUGCAGAGAGGAUGUUAACUGUACAGUGUGGAAAAUCCUACUGUAUAAUAAUAAUAAUUAUGAAUGAACAAAACAAAUAGUGAUGACACUGUCUGAAAUGUGUAUAAAAUGUCACAUACACCAUUUUGUCUAACAUUUUCUUCAUCUUUAAGAAAUGUACUGUCUUACCGUAAAUGAGAGACAUCAUAGAGUAAGAAUGCAAUGUUUACAAAGUGGAACGAAAAUGCUAAAGCCCUUGUUUAAGUGCUAAGAUAGUGAUUGAUGAUUCUCAGGACGCUUAAGAGUACUGUAGAUUUGUAACACCUCCAAUUUUUGAAUGUGUUUGUUAUUUGCAUGACCCAUUGGUAUGUUUGUAUGUGACACCUUGGUUUAUUAUGUGCUAAAUUGGCUUGUUACCUUGAAUUUCAAUUUAGGCUGUAGAAUAAGUUUCUUUAAUACAAUUUUCACAAACCAGUUGAAGACAUAAUACUUGUGCACAAGCAUGCUGUACAUCUAACUAACAUAACAGGAUUAGUAAUUUAUUCAUGUUUUGAUUCAACAGUUUAGCUUGGGCACAUCAGAUUGAGUCAUAAUUUGCUAUCACAUUGUAGAGCCCUAAGAUUCACAGUUUUAACUGUUAUGUUGUCAGCUCUGUAAAGCGUUUUAAUGAAUGUUGUAUAAGACUUGUCAAUUGAAGUGAAGUACAUUUUGGAAUGUUUUUUUCUUUCUGUCACAUCUCACUAGAUUGUAUCUUGGAGUGGGCAAAAUUCUGGUAAUAAAGUAAUUGCUUUAUGCAAAGUUGUGACAAGUUUCUCACUUGUUUGU